UAAAUGUGGGGAAAGGUUCAGUGCUGUUUGACGGUUGCCCUGCUACUGGCAGUAGCCUGGGCUGACCACCAGGAGGGGCAUGAUCAUAGACAUCAUUCAGCAGAUCACCAUAAACAUCUUCACCAUGGCAAAGACGAACCCCAUCCACAUAAUGAUGGAGGAGACAAGUUUUGCCAGCUACUAUCAUCUCAAAAUGCUGACUUUGCCUUCACCCUCUACAAGAAACUGGUCAGCCAGCCUGAUGCAAAAGGCAAGAAUAUCUUUUUCUCCCCACUGAGCAUCUCCAUGGCUCUAUCCAUGCUGGCCCUGGGGGCCAAAGGUGAGACCCACUCACAGAUUUUCAGCACCCUGGGCUACAGUAACCUCACAGCUACUCAGGUCAAUGAAGCCUAUGAGCACCUACUGCACAUGCUGGACCACAGCCAGGAUGCCAUGCUGUUGGAGGCAGGAAGUGCUGUGGCUGUUCAAGAAGGCUUCAAGCCUGUAGAAAAGUUUCUGAAGGAUGCUCAGCACUUCUACCAUGGAGAAGCCUUCAGUGUAGACUUUUCCAAACCAGAAGUUGCUGUGCAAGAGGUCAACAAGUUCAUUGCCAAAAAGACCAAAGACAUGAUCACUGACAUGACCAAAAGCUUGGACCCCAAGACUGUGAUGAUGCUCAUAAACUAUAUUUAUUUCAGAGGUAAAUGGGAGAAGCCUUUUGAAGUGAAGAACACCAACAAAGCUGACUUCUAUAUAGAUGUGAAGACAAAAGUGACUGUGGACAUGAUGAAGAGGACUGGACGAUACAACCUCUUCCAGGACCGGAAUAACUUCACCUCUGUCAUCAUGGUGCCAUAUAAAGGAAAUACCUCUAUGAUAAUUAUUCUACCUGAUGAAGGAAAAAUGGAGGAGGUAGAAAAAAACAUCUGCAAGGAUCACCUCAAGUAUUGGCAUAACAAACUCACCAGAAGAUCUGUGAUACUAUAUAUGCCCAAGUUCUCCAUCUCUGCUUCCUCAUCUCUUCAGGACACUUUGAUGGAAAUAGGAAUAGUUGAUGCAUUCUCAGACAAAGCAAACUUUUCUGGAAUCAGUGAGGAGUUCAAACUGAAGGUUUCCAAGGUCCUCCACCAGGCAGUUCUCAGUGUUGAUGAGAAGGGCACUGAAGCAGCUGCUGUAACCACCUUAGAGAUCAUGCCCAUGUCUAUGCCAAACUCAAUUAACCUCAACAGACCCUUUCUAAUCUUCAUAGUGGAGGACAGCAUCAAGAGCAUCCUCUUCAUGGGCAAAAUAACCAACCCCACUGAAUAGUAGCAGAUGUCUCCAACUAAAUU